CUCUCUCUCUCUCUCUCUCUUCUCGUCUCCCUCUCCCUCUUCUUCUCCUUUCCCUUCUCCGCCACCCUAAUUCUCCUCUCCCCGCUCCGUCUCCGGCGAUCCUCCGCCGCGGAUCGCCUCCUCCGCCAUCGCCUCCGUCGCCCCCUCCACCGCCGCCGCCGCCGCCGCCCCUCCUCCAUGACUAUGAUGACCCCCCCCGCCCUCGAACAGGAGGAUGAGGAGAUGUUAGUCCCGCAUCCGGAUAUCACCGAAGGAACCGAGCCAAUGGAAGUUGCACCGACGGAGACAGCUAUUACAGCAGAAAAUCAGCAAACAGAUGAGCCUUCAACCUACAGGUUUUCAUGGACAGUCGAGAAUUUUUCCAGGUUGGGCAUUAGAAAGCACUAUUCUGAGGUCUUUAUUGUCGGGGGCUAUAAGUGGCGAAUUUUGGUCUUUCCGAAAGGAAAUAAUGUAGACAAUCUUUCCUUGUACUUGGAUGUCGCUGAUUCAGCUCUCUUGCCCUAUGGAUGGAGUAGAUACGCACAAUUUAGCCUUUCUGUAAUUAAUCAAAUCAACAACAAGCAUACAGUAAGAAAAGAAGCACAACAUCUAUUUAAUGCACGAGAGAGUGAUUGGGGUUUCACCUCGUUUAUGCCUUUGUGUGAACUCUAUAACCCAAACAGAGGAUAUCUCAUGAAUGAUACAUGUAUCGUGGAAGCUGAGGUUGCCGUACGUAGGAUUAUUGAUUAUACAAAUUAUGACUCAAAAAAAGAGACAGGCUAUGUUGGUCUGAAGAAUCAAGGAGCCACCUGCUACAUGAACUCUCUUCUUCAGACUUUGUACCAUAUUCCGUAUUUCAGAAAGGCAGUUUAUCAUAUGCCCACAACAGAAAAUGAUAUGCCUUCUGCGAGCAUUCCUUUGGCUCUACAGAGUCUGUUUUAUAAGCUUCAGUAUAGUGAGAGUAGUGUAGCUACAAAGGAGCUCACUAAAUCUUUCGGAUGGGAUACGUACGACUCUUUUAUGCAGCAUGAUGUGCAAGAAUUAAAUAGAGUUCUGUGUGAGAAAUUGGAAGACAAGAUGAAGGGAACUGUUGUGGAAGGCACGAUACAACAUUUAUUUGAAGGGCAUCAGAUUAGUUAUAUUGAGUGCUUAAAUGUAGAUUUUAAAUCUACCAGGAAGGAAUCCUUCUAUGACCUUCAGCUGGAUGUUAAAGGCUGUCGGGAUAUUUAUGCAUCAUUUGAUAAGUACGUUGAAGAGGAGAAGCUAGAAGGUGAUAACAAGUAUCAUGCAGAACAGCAUGGUUUGCAGGAUGCUAAGAAAGGUGUUCUUUUUCUUGAUUUCCCCCCUGUUUUGCAACUUCAGCUAAAACGCUUCGAGUAUGAUUUCCUGCGGGAUAUGAUGGUGAAGAUAAAUGAUCGAUAUGAGUUCCCACUUCAGUUAGACCUUGACAGAGACAAUGGAAAGUACCUUUCUCCAGAAGCAGACAGGAGAGUUCGCAAUGUUUAUACUCUUCAUAGUGUUCUUGUACAUAGUGGUGGAGUGCACGGUGGACAUUAUUAUGCUUUUAUUCGACCUACUCUUUCUGAUCAGUGGUUCAAGUUUGACGAUGAGCAUGUAACAAAAGAAAGUAUGAAAACCGCAUUGGAGGAACAGUAUGGUGGCGAAGAGGAGUUAUCUCCGAAUAAUCCUGGCUUUAAUAAUACUCCAUUCAAGUUUACAAAGUAUUCAAAUGCAUAUAUGCUCGUUUAUAUUCGUGAGAGUGACAAGGAGAAAAUAAUAUGCAACGUGGAUGAGAAAGAUAUAGCCGAACAUAUACUAAUAAGAUUCAAGAAAGAACAAGAAGAGAAGGAACAGAAAAAAAAAGAGAAAGCUGAGGCACACCUCUACACCAUCAUAAAGGUAGCCCGUGAUGAGGAUUUGACAGCACAGAUUGGAAGAGAGAUUUUUUUUGAUCUUGUGGACUAUGAUAAAGUUCGGAGCUUCCGUGUCCAGAAACAGUUGCCUUUUAGCCAUUUCAAGGAGGAGGUCGCAAAAGAGAUUGGUGUCCCUGUGCAGUUUCAACGCUAUUGGCUCUGGGCCAAGCGGCAAAAUCAUACAUACCGUCCCAAUCGGCCAUUGACACCUCAGGAGGAAGCACAAUCUGUUGGACAGCUAAGGGACGUAACAAACAGAGCAUUUAAUUCCGAACUGAAGCUGUUCCUAGAGGUCGAGCUUGGACCGGAAUUUCGUCCUCUUCCUUUACCGGAAAAGUCGAAGGAUGAUAUAUUGCUUUUUUUCAAGCUUUAUGAUCCUGAAAAAGCAGAGCUGAGAUAUGUGGGAAGGCUUUUUGUGAAGGCUUCAGGGAAACCGUUUGAAAUUACAUCAAAACUAAAUGAAAUGGCUGGUUUUCCUUUAGAGGAUGAUAUUGAACUCUUUGAGGAAAUUAAGUUUGAACCACAUGUGAUGUGUGAACACAUUGACAAGAGGCAGAACUUUCGAGCUAGUCAGCUUGAAGAUGGGGACAUUAUUUGCUUUCAAAAAUCUCCAAGACCUGAAAAUGAAGAUCAAUAUCAAUAUCCUAGUGUUCCAUCCUUUUUGCAGUAUGUGCGGAAUCGGCAGGUUGUCCGCUUCCGAUCACUGGAGAAGCCUAAGGAGGAUGCUUUUUGUUUAGAGCUGUCAAAGCUUUCCACCUAUGAUGAUGUUGUUGACAAAGUUGCUCAUCACCUUGGCGUUGACGACCCAUCAAAAAUUCGGCUAACACCUCACAACUGCUAUUCUCAGCAGCCUAAACCUCAACCCAUCAAGUACAGAGGUGUAGAUCAUCUUUCAGACAUGCUGCUUUAUUACAACCAGACUUCUGAUAUAUUGUACUAUGAAGUACUGGAUAUUCCACUGCCGGAGUUGCAAGGCUUAAAAACAUUGAAAGUUGCAUUUCAUCAUGCUACAAAGGAUGAGGUGUCCAUUCAUUCCAUGAGACUGCCAAAAAAUAGCACUGUUGGCGAUGUGCUCAAUGACCUGAAAACAAAGCAGGUUGAGUUGUCUCAUCCAACUGCUGAGCUACGAUUACUCGAGGUCUUCAAUCACAAGAUCUAUAAGGUCUUUCCACCUAAUGAAAAGAUAGAAACUAUUAAUGAUCACUACUGGACGUUGCGUGUGGAGGAGAUUCCAGAAGAAGAGAAAAAUAUCGGUCAACAUGAUCGCUUGAUUCAUGUGUAUCAUUUCAUAAAAGACCCGCAGAACCAGAUGCAGGUUCAAAACUUUGGGGAUCCUUUCUUCUUAGUUAUUCAUGAAAGUGAAACCUUGUCUGAGGUCAAAGUACGCAUCCAGAAGAAACUGCAGAUUCCAGAUGAGGAGUUCUCCAAGUGGAAAUUUGCGUAUGUUUCACUUGGUCGCCCUGACUACCUUCAAGAUUCAGACGUUGUGUCAGCUCGAUUUCAGAGGAGUAUUUAUGGAGCGUGGGAACAGUAUCUCGGAAUGGAGCAUGCAGACACCACUCCAAAAAGGGCUUACACUGCUAAUCAGAACCGCCAUACACUUGAGAAGCCUGUGAAAAUAUACAACUAGAGAAUAACAUCGGCAAGCUGAUGUUGUCAUCACCUCAUACGAAGGGAAAAUGAGGUACGAAACAUCAGAUAUGUAACAAAUAGCAGCUACGAGGUGAUUUGGCGAUUCAACAAUCGACACCAUAUGUACCGGCUUAAGUUUUUUUUUUUCUUUCUUUUUUUUUGUUCUCUAUUUAUGUGUUUUAUCUGAUCAACGGCACUGCUGUUCAGAAGAGUGCCGCUGUAUUUCAGUACAUAAGAAGAGUUUUCCAGUUAGGGUGAUUUAUAGUGGGUAUAGCUGAUGCUUUUUUUUCCCCUUUUUUGGUGGGGCCUUUCUCUCUAUGUUUAUUCCGAUCUUGCUAGUCCUCUUUUUCCCUAUAUUUUUGAUAGCGAGAGAGUUGCUGUAUAAAAUGGUUGGUUCUCUUUUCACUGGAUUUCCGACUCUUUCUUGAGGUUUGUAAAAGAAACAAAAGUGCACCUGUCUUGAUAUAUUGGCUUCGCGA